GCUGGAGAGGAAGGAAGAUGAUGGAUUUCUUAUUUCUCCCUUUUGGAGAAAAAGAGAAGGAAAUCUAAGCCAUGGGGUUUUUGUUUAAGGGGGAUUAUUUCGAGGGAGUUGUCUGAGAAGGGGAGGGAUUGGGACCCUGGAGCAACAUAGGGUGGAGUGGUCAAGAAAUGGGAGCUUUCUAGGAAUCCCCCGUGGGGAUCUUUGGAAGGGAUCUGGACUUUGGGUGGGUGGUCUUUGAAGCUCACUAGAUGGCCUUCCUCUCUAAGUUACUUGAUCCAGGUGGGAUAAGGGGAGACCCAAAGGAGAGGUUUAGACGGGGGCUGAGAGGGUGUUUAGGAUUUGGGGGUAUCCCCAUCUUUGUCCCGUUGGCCUAGAUCGGAGAUUUCCUCCCGACCUCAGGGGUUUGUAAUAGGAGCGGGAUCGGAGAGCCCAACCGAGGUGGGGGCCCCAAACUCCUGUCGGGUGAUGGGACGAGAAGUCUCAGGUAUUUUUCCUGCUCCCCAAAAGAGCUCUGACUGGGACGGGGGACAGGGGGUCCUGCCAAUGCUGUCCCGGGGGUUCCCUCUGGUUGCGGAGGUGGGUAGAAACCUAGGAGAUGCAGCCCGAGCAAAGUGUGUACGUGGAAAGGUGAGUCUCACCUGUGGGACGGGACGAGGAGCCGCUCUUCCUCUCCUCCUCGGCCACUCCUGGGGGUUCAGGCUCCGGGCAGGGACUUCCAUGGGAUACCCAAAAGCUUUGCCUGUUGCCUCCGCCGAAGCCGGAGAAGCCGCCGCUCCCUCCGAGCGCCGCUCGCCGAGCCGUCGGAGCGCCGGGCUGGAGAACUGCAAGGCUGCGCGCGGCGCUUCCAAGAGCUGGCCGACCGCUCCAGCAGGAACCCCGGAGGGCGCUUGAUGCCGUGAGCUCCCCGAAGAAGACCGGAGGAGGAGGAGGAUAAGAAGGAGGCGCCGCCGUCGGGCCGGGCUGGGGGUGGCUCCCCUCGGAAGGACUCCCCCAGAGGGCGCCUCCACAGGGCUGGCCCCAGUCCUUGCGCUCCUUGCUGCGGGGCGAUCUGUCAAAGUCCCCCCUCCUUCUCUCCUUCGCUCCUUCCCUCCCUCCUUCCCGCGAGCAGCAGGGCUGUCCUUUGCGCGCUCUUCUCCGGCUGCUGCUCCUGCCUCCGCCUCCUCUUUCUCCUCCUCCUCCUCCUCCUCCUGCACAUCGUGUAUGCCCAGCAGCGGCAGCAGAGGCGGCAGCAACAACAACAAAAAGCUCGCAGCGGCAGCGGCAGCCCAGCCUGGAGCGGCUCUCUCCUCCGACCCGGAUCGAGGGGGGCUGAAGCAACUCUGCUCGCCCCCAGCCCCCAGCCGGCCACCUCCUCCGCCACCUCCUCGCCGCCGCCGCCGCCUCCUCCGGGCGCUGCCAGCGGACGCUGCCUUGCAACAUGCCGAGGAGGAAACAGCAAGCGCCCCGGCGCGCAGCAGCUUACGUUUCGGAUGAGCUGAAGGCAGCAGCAAUGGCAGAAGAUGACCUAGAACCUGACGACAACGUGGUCGACGGAGAACCUUCUGCCAAAUAUGCCUGUCCGGAGAAGGACUUCACUAAGAACUGCCAGAGCUACCAGAACUCUCCAGCUGCUGAGUUUUCCAGCCAUGAGAUGGACAGCGAGUCGCACAUCAGCGAAACCAGCGAUCGCAUGGCCGACUUUGAGAGCAGCUCCAUCAAGAAUGAGGAGGAGAGCAAGGAGGUCUCCAUCCAGCUGGAGGAGUCCGUUGUCUCGGACAGCUUGGAGCAGAUGAAAGCUGUCUACAAUAACUUCCUCUCCAACUCCUACUGGUCCAACCUGAACUUGAAUCUCCACCAGCCAACCUCUGAGAAGAACAACAGGAGUAGCAGCAGUAGCAGCAGUAGCAGCAGCAGCUGCGGGAGCGGCAGCUUUGACUGGCAUCAGACGGCCAUGGCAAAGACGCUGCAGCAGGUCUCACAGAACAGGCUCCUUCCUGAGCCUAGCCUUUUUAGCACAGUCCAGUUGUAUAGACAAAGCAGCAAGCUUUAUGGCUCCAUAUUUACUGGGGCCAGUAAAUUCCGCUGUAAAGACUGCAGCGCUGCCUAUGACACGUUAGUGGAAUUAACGGUGCACAUGAAUGAAACGGGACAUUACCGGGAUGACAACCACGAAACAGAUAACAAUAACCCUAAAAGGUGGUCCAAGCCUCGUAAGCGCUCUUUGCUCGAAAUGGAAGGCAAAGAAGAUGCCCAGAAAGUCUUAAAGUGCAUGUACUGUGGCCAUUCAUUUGAGUCGCUUCAAGACUUGAGUGUGCACAUGAUCAAAACAAAACAUUACCAAAAAGUGCCUCUGAAGGAACCCGUAACCCCUGUAGCAGCAAAAAUAAUCCCAGCCCCAAGAAAGAAAACAUCAUUGGAGCUAGAACUUCCAAGUUCUCCAGAUUCCACUGGUGGGACACCAAAAGCAACAUUUUCUGAUGCCAGCGAUGCCCUUCAAAAGAAUUCCAAUCCUUACAUCACACCGAAUAAUCGCUAUGGACACCAGAACGGUGCCAGUUAUGCUUGGCAUUUUGAAGCAAGGAAAUCUCAAAUUCUCAAGUGCAUGGAAUGUGGGAGUUCCCAUGAUACUUUGCAGGAGCUCACUGCCCACAUGAUGGUGACGGGACAUUUCAUUAAGGUCACCAACUCGGCCAUGAAGAAAGGGAAGCCUAUCAUAGAGGCCCCUGUCACACCAACGAUUACAGCUUUGCUUGAUGAGAAAGUACAGUCCGUGCCCCUGGCAGCCACCACCUUCACGUCUCCUUCCAACACGCCCUCUAGCAUCUCCCCAAAAUUAAACAUGGAGGUAAAGAAAGAAGUUGAUAAAGACAGAAUCAUUCCUGAUGAGAAGAUGAAAGACAAGGAAAAAUCGAGUGAGGAUGAGGAAAAAUAUGAUAUCUCCUCAAAAUAUCAUUAUUUGACUGAAAAUGACUUGGAAGAGAGUCCCAAAGGGGGACUGGAUAUCUUGAAAUCUUUAGAAAACACGGUCACGUCGGCUAUUAACAAAGCUCAGAAUGGCACACCCAGUUGGGGUGGCUACCCCAGUAUUCAUGCUGCCUACCAGCUGCCCAACAUGAUGAAAUUGUCCCUAGGUUCUUCGGGGAAAAGUACUCCUUUGAAGCCGAUGUUUGGAAAUGCUGAAAUAGUAUCGCCAACGAAAGGCCAGCCUUUGGUGUCCCCGCCCAGCAGUCAGACGUCCCCUGUGCCAAAAACCAACUUCCAUGCCAUGGAAGAGCUGGUCAAGAAAGUAACCGAGAAAGUGGCCAAAGUUGAAGAGAAAAUGAAGGAGCCUGAAGCAGGGAAGCUAUCUCCGAUGAAGAGAGCAACACCUUCGCCAUGUAGCAGCGAAGUCAGCGAGUCCCUCAAGAUGGACACUUCCAAUGACAUUGGGUUCAAAAGCCAACAGAAUAGCCCUGUUUCGCAGAGGGAGAGCUGCAAGGACAGCCCAACAGGAGAACCAGUGGAAAAUGGUAAGGAGCUUGUCAAGACCAUCACAAGUUCCUUGAGCAGCAGCACAGCUAUUAUCACCGACCACCCUCCAGAGCAGCCAUUUGUAAACCCAUUAAGUGCAUUGCAGUCUGUCAUGAAUAUUCAUCUUGGGAAGGCAGCUAAGCCUUCCUUGCCUGCCCUUGACCCAAUGAGCAUGCUUUUUAAAAUGAGCAACAGCCUAGCGGAAAAGGCAGCUGUGGCCACCCCACCUCUGCAGUCCAAGAAGCCAGACCACUUAGACCGUUAUUUUUAUCACGUCAACAAUGACCAGCCCAUAGAUUUGACGAAAGGGAAGAGUGACAAAAGCUGCUCUUUGGGUUCAGCGCUUUUGUCAUCCACAUCGGUGUCUUCAGCAUCCUCUUCAUCUACAGUGACAACGGCAAAGACAUCUGCGGUUGUGUCAUUCAUGUCAAACUCGCCGCUACGCGAGAAUGCCUUGUCAGAUAUCUCUGAUAUGCUGAAGAACCUGACAGAAAGUCACACAUCAAAAUCCUCCACGCCUUCCAGCAUCUCUGAGAAAUCUGACAUUGAUGGGACUACAAUAGAGGAACCGGAAGAGGCGACCCCGGCUCAGAAGAGGAAGGGGCGCCAGUCCAACUGGAACCCUCAGCAUUUGCUCAUUCUUCAGGCGCAGUUUGCAGCCAGCUUGCGGCAGACAUCGGAGGGGAAAUACAUCAUGUCGGACUUGAGCCCUCAGGAGAGGAUGCACAUUUCCAGGUUUACAGGGCUCUCAAUGACCACUAUUAGCCACUGGCUGGCCAAUGUGAAAUACCAGCUCCGAAGGACAGGGGGGACAAAGUUCCUUAAAAAUUUGGACACUGGGCACCCGGUGUUCUUUUGCAACGACUGUGCUUCCCAAAUCAGAACUCCUUCGACGUACAUCAGUCACCUUGAAUCUCAUCUAGGUUUUAGGCUACGAGACUUGUCCAAACUGUCCAGUGAGCAGAUCAACAAUCAGAUAGCACAAACAAAGCCGGCCUCCGAGAAACUGUUGACGCCUUCGCCGGAGGAAGAAAUAGGGACCUCCUACCAGUGUAAACUUUGCAACAGGACUUUUGCAAGCAAGCAUGCCGUUAAGCUCCAUCUCAGUAAAACACACGGGAAGUCUCCAGAGGACCAUCUUCUCUAUGUGUGUGAACUGGAAAAGCAGUAGCAUUUGCUUUUGACACACACCCAAACCACAACGACAAUUGUACUUGGCUUUGAGGGAAACUGUCCACAACAAAACAAAACAAACCCGCCUUAAAGCUCCCCUUUUAGUUUCUGUUCUUGGCACAUAAUUUUUACUUUAACUCUGGGGUGUCACUCUUGGCCUGAACGACUUCUCUCUUUCGUUGUAUAACUGUACAGUGUUUAAUAGAGGUGCAUAAUCAGCUGUUGUUACUGGUAAAAUAUGAAGGUUAAAACGCAGUGGUAAGUGUUUGGAACUUUGUGUAAAUUGGGGUUUAGUUGCUGUGCAUCCCUCCGAUGCAUUGAGCUGCAUGCAUUAACAAGACAGUUUAAUUAAGCAUUUAUUAACUAAUUCUAGUGCACUUUUUCCAUGGUGAUUCAAGUGUGCUGGUCGUUCUCACCCUGUAAAUUUUUAGCCCUCUGAGUACUUUGAAGCACUUUUGCAUUAAUUUGGUUUUUUAAAAAAUAAGAAUAAUAAUUAUUAUUAUAUCAAUGAAGUAUGUAUAUGUUUUCCUUUUUAAAAACAACAACCCCCUUACAGCUGAGGAGACAUUCAAGCAACUCUAAGAAUGGGCUUGAACAAGACAUGCCACAGUCCAUUAGUUGGCUGCGCAUCUGGCUGGUUAAGUUUGAUUAUAAUGUUUGAAGGAGAGGAUUCACCCAGGGAAUGCAGACCAGCUUCUCCUGUGUGAGUUUCCCUUUGGCUGUUGCAUGGAAUUGCUACCAGCUUUAUGCGCAAGGUGCUUGAGCAGCUAGGUGGUGGCACUUCCUGCGAUGUCCAAAAUCACUUCUGUUUCAGGGAUCCGAUACCUUGUUUCAGCACUUCCAGUAUCCAUAGGCCAGAUUGUUCAGCCUGUCUUCGCCCAGACUCGCCUUUCUUCCCUUAGUUCUUAUGGCUGGUGUGGACCAGCAGUCCUCCCAGCUUGGCUUUUUGUGAUGUUUGCUUGGACUUUCCACAGGCAGCAACUGAUGGCGUGGCGCUGCUACGCUGCUCACCUCACCUCCAUCCAACUGAGUUGCUACGGCAUACCGGGAUGGAGUGGAGAAGGGGCAAACUGGUGGCAAGGUCAGUGUGGUGCAAACACACUGCAAGAGCCCUGGAUUCGCUCUGCCACGCUUACACUGCACUGACCUCACCAACACCACCAAGGCCCUCCUCUUUUCUGUCCCAGUGUGGGGCUGAGACUCAGUUGGGCAGAACUCAGAGCAGCAGUGGAGCCCUGCCACACCAUUUGCUGUUAUCCACAAAGAAAGCUACUUUUAUUUCUCUGGGACGUGUCUUGUGAAUCUGGUUAUAGGCUACCGUGCCAAAUGGGGACCAUAGGAUGCUCUUUCUGGAUAUGCCUUUUGUUGGAAUUAUCUAUCGCACCCCCACAACUGCAGGGGUGGCACCCAUCGUGAACUUUCAGGCUAUAUUAUUUUCACAUUGAAACGUCGAUGUAUAUAUAUAUAUAUUGUACAGAUUUCAGAAUCCUCAUAUGGAAAAUGUGAUUGUGGACAAUGCCAUUUCUUCUUCUUCAACGUUUUUAUCAAGGGUGAAUUUUUUUGUACCUAAUAUGCUCCAAGUAUAAGUGGUACCUAUAAAUAUAUAAAUAUAUAUAUAUAAAUAUAUAAAAUAAUAUUGUAUAUUUCUUUUCUAGGUCAAAAGGUUUUCUUUUAACAUCUGAAUAAUGUAAAUUAUAUGAAAAGAUACACUCGAUAGCAUUUAUAAAGUGUUCAAAAAAAGAGAAAAACAUUAUUCUUGAAGCAAAGUAUGGUUGUUUUCCUUUUGCUAUACAGUACAUCUAUAUUGAUAGAGGUUCAUGUUUAAAUUAUACAUAUUUAUUAGUUGUUUGCUACCUUUU